AUGGCAUCCAACAACCAGGGCCAGCUCCCUGGCCAAGAUUCCUCGCGACAGCAGCCGAUACCCCUACAAGAUUUAGCCAGAGAUCAGGAAUACGAUUUCGGCCACGAUGAAGAGCGCCGCGGAAGAAGGAGAAGCACCAGCACUGGUUCAACGGGCGGAGCCCGUACCCAUGUGCCUAGACGCUCGUUACUUACCGGAGGUACACUUACGACAUACGAGCGCAUCGCAGAAGACUCGCCGAGUCCGAUUGAUCGGGUUGGCCUACAUGUCACGCAGCCGUCGAUAGCAAGGACGAGAGAACAUAAUCCAUAUACAUCCGACGACCAUUAUUUGAUCGACGACCCAGGCGAUUUUGCCCAAGCGACAGGCUCAUUGGGCUUAGAUUUCCAGGCACCGUAUGCUAGUCGCCCGGCCUCUGGCUCUUCUUCGUCAUUUGCUCAGAAUGGCGAAGACUUCGUUAUGGGCGCCUACCCUGGCCCCUCUGGACAACACGACAGAUCGACAUCGCAAGAUUUCUUUUCGCCCACCACCCCGGCCACUGACACCGCACCUCUGACCGACAAACGAUACCUCCAACCCAUCAGCGGAGCCACAGUCGCCGAUGAAUCGGAAGAAAGGCCAAGCAUGCAAAGUAUUCGUUUGGGUGGAAGUCAAGCAGGGUCACGACUGGGUGAUGACCUUAACUUGGAGAGCGGGUUUGGAAGCAGGCGCGGUAGUAACAGUGCUGGCGAUAGUCGUUCUCGCUCAGUAUCUCCGUCUGCGUCUAGCUCGGCUUUGCAGAGAGCAGGCUCUGUCAUGAAAAUGAUGUCUCAGCGAGUCGUGAACUUGAGUAACGAGCCAGUCGAAAACACGCUGAUGCGGAAAGGAUCAACAGGCUCAGCCCGACUCGAGGGACCGCCGAAUUUGCCAGAGACACAAGAUUUUGCCAACGAAUCUAUUCAACAUGAACCUAUCCCGGAGAAACAUCCCCCCUCCACGACUGCCUGGAGAACGCAAGCCAAUCCAUUCAGGGGCAAAUCAUUGGGCAUUUUCAGCCCAGACAAUCCAGUGAGAAUGUGGCUUUGUGACGUUUUGGUACACCCCUUUACGGAGCCAUUCCUUUUGCUUGUAAUUGUCAUUCACGCCGUUUUGUUGACCGUCGAAGCGGCAUCAUCAGUUUGGACGCAUCAAAGAUCUCACCGGUGGGGAUCUUCACUCAUGGACUACGCCCUAUUUAUCAUCUUUGCUAUAUACACCCUAGAAUUGGUUGUGAGGACCAUUGUCUCCGGCUUUUUCUGGAACCCUCACGAAUACAGUACACUCGACAGGUCUCUUGGGUUUAGGAAAGCAGUAGCGGAAAAGGGGAGGAGUUUCUUUUCGGUACAACGGGAACCCUCGACCAAGAAAAAAUCCGUCCGUUUAGAUGCACCCGAAAUCUCAAUCUUCCAAAGAACUUUUACCGGGUUGCAACCACUAGCUGAUCUUGCAGACGACCCACGCCAAAGGUCGCGCAAACGGCUCGCUCAUCGAGCAUUUCUUAGACAUUCCUUCAAUCGGCUAGACUUUCUAGCCGUGGUUUCAUAUUGGGUUUCCUUCUUUAUGCAGUUGGUCGGCUACCAAUUCGCCCAUCAUGUUUACAUAUUUCAGAUGCUAAGUUGCUUGCGUUUAUUGCGACUUCUCGGCAUUACAAACGGUACUUCGGUUAUUCUGCGAAGCUUGAAGAAAGCGGCCCCGCUCCUCGUUCACGUCGGUUUUCUCAUUGGGUUCUUUUGGCUGCUUUUCGCGAUUAUUGGGAUCCAGAGCUUCAAGUCCAGUUUGCGUCGGACUUGCGUCUGGAUCGACCCACAAGGACAAAAUGACUUUGUGAUGAAUGACCCCUACAACACCAUACAGUUUUGUGGCGGUUAUUUUGACAAUGUCACCGGGGAAGCCAUGCCAUGGGUCUCUGAAGACAGAGUACCUUCGACUUUCAGCCCAAAAGGGUACCUUUGCCCACAGGGGUCUAUGUGCAUUGAGGGUAAUAAUCCCUACAAUGGGACCGUGUCUUUCGACAAUAUCUUUUUCUCCCUUGAGCUUGUGUUCGUCAUCAUGAGCUCCAACACAUUUUCCGACCUUCUAUACUAUACAACGGACUCGGACUACCUCGCAUCUGCUUUGUUCUUCGCUUUUGGCAUUGUCAUCAUGAGUUUAUGGUUGGUCAACUUGUUGGUUGCUGUCAUCACGUCUUCGUUUCAGAUCAUUCGAGAAGAGACUAGACGUAGCGCAUUUGCCACGGAUAAGGUCGAAGAUGUCAACCAGCACGACUCCAAGAAUCGCAAAAUCAGCACCCUGAAGCACCUUUUUGACAAAUCGAAAUGGCUUUGGAUAGCAAUCAUUGCAUACGGCCUUAUAAUCCAGUGCUUUCGAAGCUCCUCGAUGGGUUCAUCCCGAGCUAAGUUCAUUGACAACACCGAAACCGCCAUUACUCUGGUUCUUCUUUUAGAGAUCAUACUCAGGUUUGCAACAAACUGGAGGCGCUUUCACAAGAGCCGCCGCAACCUAUUUGAUCUCUUCCUUGCAAUAGUCACCUGCAUCAUUCAGAUUCCAUCGAUUCAUAAUUCCGGUCGGGCAUAUGCAGCACUCACUCUGUUCCAAGUUUUGAGAGUCUAUCGAAUCGUCUUGGCAUUCUCGCUGACUAGAGACCUUAUCAUGAUAGUGUUUCGAAACGUGAUGGGGCUCUUGAACUUGAUUAUCUUUGUGUUCUUGAUGACCUUUCUUGCAGCAAUUUUCGCCGUACAGCUAUUCCGUGGUAUUAUACCAGAGCAAGACCCAGAUGGUAAUUCGAUAGACAUUACCUUUUCUCAGAUAUACAAUUCGUUUCUUGGAAUGUAUCAGAUUUUAUCUAGCGAGAACUGGACGACCAUCCUUUAUGACGCCACGACAUUUACGUCGGCUGAUAGCACGGCCUGGAUCUCGGCCUUGUUUUUCAUCAUGUGGUUCAUUCUCGCCAAUUUUAUCAUCCUAAACAUGUUUAUUGCUGUCAUCCAAGAGAGCUUUGAUGUGUCAGAGGACCAAAAACGACUGUACCAGGUGAAAGCCUUUUUGCAGCAGAGAGAACUCGGAUCGUCUUCAGCUAGCAAUAUUGCUUUGACAUCGAUUUUCAAACUGGGCCGUGACAAUGCCAGGUAUCGUGAUCCUCUGGAUCAUGGACCAGCCACCAUGGAAAUGCUUCUCAAAGAUGCAGUGGUCAAGGAAUUUCUUGAUGAGCAAUUUGACUCCUUCGAACAAGAGGAUCCCAACCAUGUGCCUAUCGAAAGGAAAGAUUUUGACCCAAGUCUAAUGUCGAUAAUUUGGACAAAAUUCUCCCAAACCUUUUUGAGCCAAGAACCCAAUCCCUUCUAUUCUAGGCUCAAGUUCUCCAGGCCCCAUGACGAAAUUGACCCACGAACGUUGGCAAAAGAGGUGGUCGUACUCUCAGAGCAACGAAAAAGGGCACAAAGAGAAUACCUUCUCCGCUACCCUCUGUACAACAAAUCACUGUAUAUUUUUGGGCCUCACAACCCGAUUCGCAAAGCUUGUCAACGUCUCGUUGGCCCAGGAAGGGGGACUCAUCGAUUUGAAGGUAUUGACCCUUACAAGCCUUUGUGGUACAUCUUCUCUGCAUUCAUCUACGCCUGCAUAGUUAUGAUGGUUAUAUUAGCGUGCAUAACGACACCUCUCUUCCAAAGAGACUACUUUGAGGGUCGUACGUACACGACCCGAAAUUGGUUUGUUUGGUCGGACAUGGGCUUUGCGGCAAUCUUCACCACUGAAGCCAUCAUCAAAGUUAUUGCUGAUGGGUUCUUUUGGACCCCAAAUGCAUACUUCCGAAGUUCUUGGGGUUUUAUCGAUGGUGUUGUGCUUGUGACGCUUUGGAUCAAUAUUCUUACGUCCUUGUACACCACCGGCAGUGUUUCAAGAGUUGUUGGUGCCUUCAAGGCGUUGCGUGCGCUGAGAUUACUCAAUGUCAGUGACAGCGCGAGGGAUACAUUUCACUCCGUCAUCAUCGUUGGUGGUUGGAAGGUUAUUUCGGCUGCGUUUGUUUCGUUGAGUUUUCUCAUCCCAUUCGCUAUCUACGGGUUGAAUCUUUUCAACGGGCAGAUGAUAUCUUGCAAUGACGACUCGAUUUCAGGGAGUCUUGACGCCUGCGUUGGAGAAUUUGCCAACUCACCGUAUGCAUGGGACGUUCUUGCACCAAGGGUGGCAUCCAAUUCUUACUACAACUUUGACAAUUUUGGAGAGUCUUUGUUCAUUCUUUUCCAAAUUGUUUCCCAAGAAGGUUGGAUUGAUGUACAAUCAAGUGCCAUGAGUAUAACAGGACCUGGUCAGCAGCCUCAAUCGCUUUCGGCGCAAGCCAAUGGCCUUUUCUUCGUUGUCUUCAACUUGCUCGGAGCUGUUUUUGUGUUGACAUUGUUUGUCACUGUGUUCAUGCGAAAUUACACUGAACAAACUGGGGUGGCCUUCCUCACGGCUGAACAGCGUUCAUGGCUUGAAUUGCGAAAACUGCUGCGACAAAUAUCGCCUUCUAAACGAUCCAUCAAUGCCAAUACUGAGAAUUGGCGUAAGCGAUGCUAUCGUCUUGCGUCACGAAAGAAUGGAAUAUGGUCACGGUGUAUGACGGGGUUUCUGGUCUUCCAUCUGUUUCUCCUGUGCUUGGAGUGGUACCCCUAUCCAAUGUAUUGGCAACUCAUAAGAGAUGCCAUGUUCUUCAUCUUGACUUUCUUCUACAUUGCUGAUGUUUUCAUUCGUAUCUUUGGGCUUGGGUGGCCUCGGUUCAGACGAAGUUCCUGGAAUAUAUAUUCGCUUAUAGCGGUUCCGGGAACAUUCGUGACCAUCAUUCUAUCCUUCAUCUUCAACCACUCCCAGCUUUUCCAACAACUAAACAAGCUAUUCUUGGUGUCUAUCACGCUUCUGAUCAUUCCUCGCAAUAACCAAUUGGAUCAGCUCUUCAAAACCGCGGCGGCUAGUUUGACGUCUAUUAUCAACCUUUUGGCGACUUGGUUCGUUUUAUUCCUCGUGUUUGCCAUUGCCACGACUCAAACAUUUGGGCUGACCAAAUUCGGGUCAAACGAAACCAAUAACAUCAACUUUCGCGAUGUUCCAAAAGCCCUGAUCUUCCUUUUCCGUACCAGUGUUGGAGAAGGGUGGAAUCAGUAUAUGGAAGAUUUUGCCACGAUGGUACCACCGUAUUGUACGGUAACGGACGAGUUCUUCAGUUCAGACUGUGGCAGUCCCGAGUGGGCGCGCAGUCUCUUUAUUGCCUGGAACAUUAUCAGCAUGUAUAUUUUUGUGUCGUUGUUUGUGUCUUUGAUAUACGAAAGUUUCUCGUAUGUCUAUCAACGGAGUAGCGGGCUUGGCCUUUACACGAUUGAUCGAGAUGAGAUUCGACGCUUCAAGGAAGCGUGGGCGAAUUUCGAUCCUCGAGGCACGGGGUUUAUCACCAAAGAACAAUUUCCAAGACUUCUCGGGGAACUUUCCGGCCUGUUUGAGAUACGAAUUUAUGACGGUGAAUUCACAGUGGGAAGGAUCUUGGAGAAAUGUCGUCCCCAUGUUCGGGACUCGAUUGCUUCGUUCCAUCCCGGCGAUGGACCGAAUCGUGACGAGAUUGACAUUCCAAAGCUCUCGAGGAUUAUUGAUAAAAUUCCUGUUCACGAGAUUCGUCUCCGUCGACAACGAUUAAAUACCUUCUACGAGGAAGUGUUGGUGUCUGCUGACCCAGAACGAGGAAUUGCAUUUUCGGCCUGUUUGAUGAUUUUAGCUCAUUACAAGGUGAUUGUGGACAGCAAGAGUCUAAGACUGGAAGAAUUCCUUCGUCGACGAGCGAGACUUCAACGAGUCGAAGAAGCAGUGCGGCGAAACACAGUGAUUGGCUUCUUCGACACGCUCUACUGGGUUCGCAGGUUCCGUCGACGAGUGGAGCAACGCAAGUCUGCUCGACUGACGGCAAUUCCUCAGUUCUCAAUUCCGGAAAUCUUUGUCGAUGGACAAAAUACGCAUGAUGGACAACAAGACCUGGCGGAUGCACAGCCGCUGCCUUCUGUAACAAACACGCCGCUAGCGUCGCCUAGCAUGGGAGGAGGACAAGCGCAUUCUCCUGGUAGGCCGUCGUUGCAAAUCGACACUAGCGUUUCAGAACGCGGAUCGUCGCACGAAUGGUCCAGAGUCAGCCCUUCAUUGUCACCACGGCAGACGAGAGACCUGGACAACGAGCCUCACGAUAUCAGUCUUCCAUUGUCUGAUGCACCAUCGUCGUCGCAUGGUCAUACUCGAGACAGCAGCGGCAUUGUUCAAGACAUGAUGCAGACACUGGGCGACUCGGCUUGGGGCGAGAGUAUCCGCAGGAGCUUCACUCAAAAGCGACCAAGCGGCCAAUCAGGCGGGCAGUCCGGCAGUCACGAGUAG